AUGAACAAUAAAUUAAAAUUUUUAACCCUUCUUUGCGUCGCCACCACCGGCACGUACUACAUAUGUGUGCACAAGAAGAAAGAAAUUAAGAAGCUACUCAAUUCCAUGUUUGUAAAUGGAAAAAAGAAAAAGCACAGACGGAGGGACCGUGGGCGGAGGAAGAAUAAUAGUGGACGUAAGGUGAAGUCCUUGGCUACCUUACAAUCGAUGGAAAGCGAAUCUGAGGAAGACGAAAUUGUUCACGUGAAUGAAGACACCUCUGUCAUCAGCUCAGAAAAUGACUCAUAUUUUCUUGAUGACAGGGAGGAGACCCCACGGGGACGGAAUUCUCUGGGAGGUGGCCACACCAAUGGAGGGAGCACCAGGAGGGAGAAAGCUUCCUCCGAAGAAGAGGAAGAUGAAGAAGAGAGCACCCUCACCGAUGUCGAAGAUAUUAACAACCUGAAUGACAGAGCAAGUUACAACGUUGUGCAGAUAAAGGCAAAAAAUAGAAACAGGAGUAAAUACCUAAAUGGAAACUCCAAAAAGGGGACCCCCAAAAAGAAACUUCCACGCGAAGAGGAAGAUUUCCAAUCUCAGGAUAACUUAAACGAAUGCGCAGUCAUCCUCCCGGAGAAGUACAAAAUAUAUUUCAAGUCCUUCGGGUGUGCACACAACAGCUCUGACUCAGAAUUUAUGAUGGGCCUGUUGGGGAACUACGGAUUUCAGUUUGUUAAAAGUGUGGAAGAGUGUGAUAUUUGCAUAAUUAAUAGCUGCACGGUGAAGAACCCAAGUGAGGAAAGUAUGAAGACCAUUAUCAAUUACGUGCACAAGUUGAAUAAGGCUAACAGAAGGAGGGCGAUUGGCCAAGUGGGCAAAAAAGGGAAGAGGAGAACAAAUGGAAAAACGGAUGGGGGUCAACAGGACCCACAUGAGGAUUAUCUCACCACGUCAUCUUCUGGAAUCUCCGAUUUUGAGCAGGACAACGGGCACGGGAAGGGAGAUGCCAACUGCUGCGCGGACACAGCGUGUGAAUGUGCACCCGCCAAGGGAGAUUCGGGUUUGGUCAAAAGGGCGGUAACGAAGCAAACAGAAAAGGAUGCGAUAAAGGGAACAGCCGCGACAGCCCCUCGUGGAGACAUCAAAAUCAUCGUCUGCGGAUGUGUACCACAAGCGGAGAAAGACAUGGAGAUAUUCGAAAACGUGUCGCUCGUGGGGGUCACUAACAUCGACAAAAUUGUGGACGUCGUGGAACAUGUGAUUAAUGGGUACAACGUCCGUUAUCUUAAGCAGGCAAAAAAAAUGACCUCACUAAAUCUCCCCAAAAUAAGAAAAAACAAGUACAUAGAAAUUAUCAAUAUUAACAACGGAUGCCUUGGAAAUUGCACCUACUGCAAAACCAAAUUUGCAAGAGGAGACUUAGCUAGCUAUAACAUACAGGACAUUAUUAACAGAAUAAAACAUGUGUGCAGUGAAGAAAAUAUAAAAGAAAUCUGGUUGACGUCGGAAGAUACUGGUGCAUAUGGAAUAGAUUUAAAUACGAACAUCGUCAAACUACUUAAAGAAAUUUUGGACACCGUUUCCAAUAGCGACGUUAUGAUCCGCCUAGGCAUGACCAACCCACCAUACAUUUUGAAACACAUUAAAGAUAUAUGCAAUUUGUUAAAGCAUAAAAAUAUGUACGAGUUUAUUCACAUCCCUGUUCAGAGCGGCAGUAACAGAGUGUUAAAAAACAUGAACAGGGAAUAUGAAAUUGAAGAUUUUAUAUAUUUAGUGGAAAAUUUAAGAAAGGAUGUUCCAAAUAUUACCAUUGCAACGGAUAUUAUAUGCGGAUUUCCAUAUGAAACGGAGAAUGAUCACAUGGAAACUGUGGACUUGGUAAAAAAAUAUCAAUUCCCCAUACUUAACAUUUCUCAGUUUUAUCCCAGAAGGGGCACUGUAGCUUAUGGCAUGAAAAAAAUUAACACAAAAAUUGUGAAAAAAAGAUCGAGAGAAGUAACGGACGCAUUUCUUUCCUAUACGAACAAUUACAAAUUUUUAGAAGGAACUACGCAGAGGGUUUUAUUCACGGAAGUGUCCACAAAAAGUGAUGACCUUAUUGGACACACCAAACAGUAUGUCAAGGUGUUGUUGCAAAACAGGAACAAUGAAAAUGCCCAUUUGUUGAGCCAUUUCGCCAACUGCAAAAUUGUUUCAGCUCAUAAGUGGCACGUAGUUGCGGAACUGGCUUGA